AUGCGGUGGAGCCGCGGCGUGCGUGUCCGAUCGCGGUGCGGCCCUUCAGGCGUGCUCACUGCGGUUGUGCUGGCGGCCGAGGUGCCCGCGGAGGUUUGCCUUAAAUUGGAAUGUGAGAAACUGGCAAGCGAAAAGACAGAAAUGCAGAGGCACUAUGUGAUGUAUUAUGAAAUGUCGUACGGACUAAACAUUGAAAUGCACAAACAGACAGAAAUCGCCAAGAGAUUGAAUACAAUUUGUGCACAAGUCAUCCCAUUUUUGUCUCAGGAACAUCAGCAGCAAGUGGCCCAAGCUGUAGAACGUGCCAAACAAGUGACCAUGGCUGAACUGAAUGCCAUCAUCGGGGUACGUGGCCUUCCAGGUCUACCUCCUACACAGCAGCAGUUGCAGGCUCAACAUCUCUCCCAUGGCCAUGGACCACCAGUGCCUCUAACACCGCAUCCAUCAGGACUUCAGCCUCCAGGAAUCCCUCCACUUGGAAGCAGUGCUGGCCUUCUUGCCCUUUCUAGUGCUUUGGGUGGGCAGUCUCACUUGGCAAUAAAAGAUGACAAGAAGCAUCACGAUGCAGAACACCACAGAGACAGAGAGCCGGGCACAAGUAAUUCUCUGUUGGUCCCAGACAGUCUGCGAAGCACAGAUAAACGCAGGAAUGGCCCUGAAUAUACCAAUGACAUCAAAAAGAGAAAGGUGGAUGAUAAGGAUUCCAGCCACUAUGACAGUGAUGGGGACAAGAGUGACGAUAACUUGGUUGUAGAUGUAUCCAAUGAGGAUCCUUCUUCUCCAAGGGCAAGUCCCACUCAUUCACCACGUGAAAACGGUAUAGAUAAAACCCGCCUGCUGAAGAAAGACGCCUCUAGUAGUCCAGCAUCUACGGCCUCUUCAGGAAGUUCCACUUCCCUCAAAUCCAAAGAAAUGAGUAUGCAUGAAAAAGCCAGCACGCCUGUUCUGAAAUCCAGCACACCAACUCCUCGAAGUGAUGUGCCAACCGCAGGCACUAGCGCAACACCAGGACUUCGUCCAGGCCUUGGCAAGCCUCCAACAAUGGACCCUCUGGUUAACCAAGCUGCCGCUGCAGGUUUGCGGACACCGUUGGCAGUACCAGGACCAUACCCUGCUCCAUUUGGAAUGGUACCUCAUGCUGGCAUGAAUGGAGAGUUAACCAGUCCAGGGGCAGCCUAUGCCAGUCUGCACAAUAUGUCACCCCAGAUGAGUGCUGCUGCUGCUGCAGCUGCUGUGGUUGCCUAUGGAAGAUCUCCUAUGGUUGGGUUUGAUCCUCCACCUCACAUGAGAGUACCUGGAAUCCCUCCGAAUCUAGCCGGGAUUCCUGGGGGAAAACCAGCCUACUCCUUUCAUGUUACUGCAGAUGGUCAGAUGCAGCCGGUUCCCUUCCCUCCUGAUGCCCUCAUCGGUCCAGGAAUCCCUCGCCAUGCCCGUCAGAUCAACACUCUGAACCACGGCGAAGUUGUGUGUGCAGUUACCAUCAGCAACCCCACUAGACACGUGUACACGGGUGGGAAGGGGUGUGUCAAAGUCUGGGAUAUCAGCCAGCCUGGCAACAAGAGCCCUGUUUCUCAGCUGGACUGCCUGAACAGAGAUAACUACAUCCGCUCUUGUAAAUUGCUACCUGAUGGAUGCACCCUAAUAGUUGGCGGGGAAGCCAGCACGUUAUCCAUAUGGGACCUGGCAGCACCAACUCCUCGUAUAAAAGCAGAGCUGACAUCCUCAGCCCCUGCCUGCUAUGCUCUGGCUAUCAGCCCUGAUUCCAAGGUGUGCUUUUCCUGCUGCAGUGAUGGGAACAUUGCAGUGUGGGAUCUGCAUAAUCAGACAUUGGUCAGGCAAUUCCAGGGCCACACAGAUGGAGCCAGCUGUAUUGACAUUUCUAAUGAUGGUACCAAGCUCUGGACAGGAGGUUUGGAUAACACUGUCAGAUCCUGGGACUUGAGAGAAGGGAGACAGCUACAACAGCACGACUUCACAUCACAGAUAUUUUCCCUUGGUUAUUGUCCUACUGGUGAAUGGCUAGCUGUGGGAAUGGAGAGCAGCAAUGUAGAAGUGCUACAUGUAAAUAAACCAGACAAAUAUCAACUGCACCUUCAUGAGAGUUGUGUAUUGUCACUCAAGUUUGCAUACUGCGGUAAAUGGUUUGUGAGUACUGGGAAAGAUAACCUUCUUAAUGCGUGGAGAACUCCUUAUGGAGCCAGUAUCUUCCAGUCCAAAGAAUCUUCGUCAGUGCUUAGCUGUGACAUCUCUGUGGAUGAUAAGUACAUAGUCACUGGCUCUGGAGACAAAAAGGCUACAGUCUAUGAAGUUAUCUACUGAAAAAUGUGAUGGGGAUAUAACUUUUAGAAGUUGAACUGGGCCAAAAUUGUUCUUAAUUGUAGAAGUAGAAAGGUUUUGCCUUUUAAAAAGGAAUGAAAGUAUUGAGGUUCCAGACCUUGCCAUGAAACUACUCCGAUUUUUCAAAAUAGAAGGCAACAUCCGGCAACUAAAUAUUGGCUGCGUGGACCAAAUGGAACACAGAGGCAAGAUGGACAGAUGUAGCCUAGGUUUUUGACAUAGUUUUUAAAAGCUGAGUCUACUGAAGAAAGUUGGAGCCUUUCAUUUUUUUUUUCUUUCUUUGUGACCUCAUGCAAAUUGUUCUCAUUGCGUGAAUAUGGGGGAUAAAUACCUUUGUGUUCCUUGCAGUUCAAGUUGCAUUCUGUCCUGUGUAGAGCAGUGACGUCUCAGAUGAACUUGUUUCCUGGUUUUGCAUCUUGUGAUGUUUUUUUGUAUUUUUGUUGAAGGUCAAACAUUUGUAUAAAUUGUAAAUAUAUUUAGUUUAUUACAGUAAAGGCUUUAGUAUCAACAAACGGUCUUCCCCCCCUGCCCCCUCCCAGCCCACCCUGCUUAUUUAAAAUGAAAUCUUUUGGGGAUAUAAGUACCUUUUUAGAAGCAAAAGCAAACACUAUGUAUAGUUUGAAAAUGAUGUCUUAUUCUUUAUAACUCUUCCUAGAUUCCUUUAUCAUACUUCAAA